AACAGAUGGAAGGCGAGGAGGAAGACUUAUCUCCGACCAGCAUCCGUCCAUGAAGCCUGGCACCUGUCUGCCUGGAUCGGGGGCGGGUGAGGCUGAAGUGCCCCCUUGCCCAGAGCUGAGUCAUGGGCAUCCCCCAGUGUCCCCGCCUCAGCUCUCUCAGCCCUGCCCCCUCCCAACCUCCCUCUGAGAAAUCUGUGACUCACGUAUGGUCCCGUCAUCCCCAGCCGAGCUGGGAGGAGGGAGGAGCCCAGCUGGGGCAGGAGCGGGGUGUCCCCCAACCCAAAACACAAGCCGGCACUUCUCCGGGCUCCACAUUGGCUGCCUGCCUUGCCCUGCCUCAGGAGAGGGGCUGGGAGCCUCCACACUCAUCAGCUCUCUCCGAAACGGGACCACAGCUGGCAGGUUAAGCCUCGGAGGGGGAUCUUGAAAGGCGGUUCAGCUGCCCGGCCCCACGCAGGACCUUCUACCCGUCACCAGGCGGUGACUUCUCAGGGUGACUUUGGGGAGGAAGAUGGCUGCCCAAGUGCUGCUGCAGACAGUGCCGUUCCUGCUGGGUCUGCUCCUGGUUCCAGGUGCCCGUGGCGGGGGCCCCCGGGAAGACUUCCGCUUCUGUGGCCAGCGGAACCAGACGCAGAACAGCGGCCUCCAUUAUAAGCGGGCAUCUGAGCUGCACAUCUCCAUCAGGAACACUGAGGAGGCCCUCACAGUCCAUGCGCCCUUCCCUGGAGCCCAUCCGGCUCCUAGAUCAUUCCCUCAUCCCAGGGGCCUCUACCACUUCUGCCUCUACUGGAACCGCCACGCUGGGAAAUUGCAUCUUCGUUACGGCAAGAGCGACUUCGUGCUGAGUAACCAAGCCUCUGACCUGCUGUGCUUCCGGCGUCAGGAGGAGAGCCUGGCCGAGGGGGCCCCCCUGUUCGCCACAUCUGUCAGCUCCUGGUGGAGCCCCCAGAACACCAGUCUGCCCAGUGCAGCCGGCUUCAUCUUCUCCUUCCACACUCCUCCUCUGAAGACCUCCCACAGCGCCUCGGUGGACACAUGUGAGCUGAAAAGGGACCUCCAGCGGCUCAGCCAGUUUCUGAAGCAUCCCCGGAAGAGCUCAAGGAGACCCCCGUUCACCCCCGCGGGCCAUCACCCACCCUCUCUCCCCACUGCCAGGCAGCUGCAGAGCCUGGAGUCGAAGCUGACCUCUGUGAACUUCACAGGGGACACGGUGUCCUUUGAGGAAGACCUGGUCAACGCCACGGUGUGGAAGCUCCAGCCCGCAGCCAGCCUCCAGGACCUGCACAUCCACUCCCAGCGGGAGGGGGAGCAGAGCGAGAUCCUGGAGUACUCGGUGCUGCUGCCCCGCGAGCUCUUCCAGAAGACCAAGGGCCAGAGGCAGGAGGCUGAGAAGAGACUCCUCCUGGUGGACUUCAGCAGCCAAGCCCUGUUCCAGGACAAGAAUUCCAGCCAGGUGUUGGGGGAGAAGGUCUUGGGUAUCAUCGUGCAGAACACCAAAGCAGCCAACCUCUCGGAGCCCAUGGUGCUCACCUUCCAGCACCAGCCACAGCCGAAGAAUGUGACUCUACAGUGUGUAUUCUGGGUUGAAGACCUGACAUUGAGCAGCCCGGGGAGCUGGAGCGAUGUGGGCUGUGAGACCAUCAGGAGAGAGACACAGACGUCCUGCCUCUGCAACCACCUGACCUACUUUGCAGUGCUGAUGGUUGCCUCUGUGGAGGUGGAUGCCAUACACAAGCACUACCUGACCCUCCUCUCCUACGUGGGCUGUGUCAUCUCCGCCGUGGCCUGCGUCCUCACCAUCGCCGCCUACCUCUGCUCUAGGAGGAAGUCUAGGGAUUACACCAUCAAGGUGCACAUGAACCUGCUGCUGGCCGUCUUCCUGCUGGAUGUGAGCUUCCUGCUCAGCGAGCCGGUGGCCCUGGCAGGCUCCGAGGCUGCCUGCCGCGCCAGUGCCAUCUUUCUGCACUUCUCCCUGCUCGCCUGCCUCUCCUGGAUGGGCCUUGAGGGCUACAACCUCUACCGACUCGUGGUCGAGGUCUUCGGCACCUAUGUGCCAGGCUACCUGCUCAAGCUGGGCAUCGUGGGCUGGGGCUUCCCCAUCUUCCUGGUGACGUUGGUGGCACUGGUGGAUGUGAACAACUAUGGCCCCAUCAUCCUAGCUGUGCACAGGACCCCAGAGAGUGUCAUCUACCCUUCCAUGUGCUGGAUCCGGGACUCCUUGGUCAGCUACGUCACCAACCUGGGCCUCUUCAGCCUGGUGUUUCUGUUCAACAUGGCCAUGCUGGGCACGAUGGUGGUGCAGAUCCUGCGGCUGCGCCCACACGCCCAGAAGUGGCCCCACGUGCUGACCCUGCUGGGUCUCAGUCUGGUCCUCGGCCUGCCCUGGGCCUUGGUCUUCUUCUCCUUUGCUUCUGGCACCUUCCAGCUUGUGGUCCUCUACUUUUUCAGCAUCAUCACCUCCUUCCAAGGUCAGAAGAGAUCCGCCAUACCGGAGGAGUCAAGACAACCCUGCAAAGGACUCAUCAAUGCAAACCGAUUUGACGACUUCGGCCUUAAGGACACUGCUAAGUGCUUCUCAGAGUGUGCACAGUCAGGGAGUGAAUCCUGCAAUCUGGGAAACUUGCAGAGAUACUGGCUGAACUAUGAGAUCCAUCUGGUGGAGAAGAGUCUGACAGAGACGGUGAACAUGGGUUUUUUGACGGCUCUUGUCAAGAACAUCCGCACCAACGUCUCAGAAGACCUGCACUUCUCUCUGACCCCCUCUCAGAUUCCGAAGCAGGUGACAGAGGACAGGCACCAGCACCCUGACAGAGUCCGGCUGCCCAGGAGCCUUUUUGAAUCCUUGCAGGGCAGCAGGCCAGUGGUUCGGUUGGCCAUAACCAUCCUGGACAUUGGUUCGGGGAGUGUCUUCAAGGGCCCCCGGCUCAGCCUAGAGGAUGGCAGCAGCGUGUUGAACAAUCACGUGGUGGGCCUGAGUUUGGGUCAUAUAAAUGUCACUGGCCUGGCUGAGCCUUUGGAGAUCACCUUCUCCCACAAGCACCAGCCUCCUAACAUGACCCUCAGCUGUGUAUUCUGGGACGUGACUAAAGGCUCCCUGUCCUCCUCCCCAGGGUCAUCAGGAGACUGGUCUUCCAAGGGCUGCUCCACAGACUUUGGAGUCAAUAGGACUAUCUGCCGCUGUGACCACCUGACCUUCUUCGCCCUGCUGCUGAGGCCGAUCUUGGACCAAGUCACCGUAAAGGCCCUCACGCGCAUUUCCCAGGCUGGCUGCGGAACCUCCAUGAUCUUCCUGGCCUUCACCAUUGUCCUCUACGCUGUCCUGAGGUUUUCCCGGCAGAGGUUCAAGUCCGAAGACAUCCCCAAGAUCCACGUGGCCUUGAGCGUCAGCUUAUUUCUCCUGAAUCUGGCCUUCUUCAUCAAUGUGGGGCAUGGCCUGAAGGGGUCCGAUGCCGCCUGUUGGGCCCGGGGGGCCGUCUUCCACUACUUCCUGCUCUGUGCCUUCACCUGGAUGGGCCUGGAAGCCUUCCACCUCUACCUGCUGGUCAUCAAGGUCUUUAACACCUACUUCGGGCACUACUUCCUGAAGCUGAGCCUCGUGGGCUGGGGCCUGCCUGCCCUAAUAGUCAUCGGCACUGGGAGUGCCAACAGCUACGGCCCCUAUGCCAUCCGCGACAAGAAGAACACCACCACGCUGGAGCUGUGCUGGUUCUGUGAGAAAACUGCCAUCUCUGCGCUCUACGUCACUGUCCACGGCUAUUUCCUCAUCACCUUCCUCUUCAGCGCCGUGAUCCUGGGCCUGGUGGCCUUGAAGAUCUUCACUGUGUCGAGUGCCACAGCGGGCAAGGAGAAGGGGCAGCACUGGAAGGGGGUCCUCACCCUGCUGGGCCUCUCGAGCCUGGUGGGCGUGACCUGGGGGCUGGCCAUCCUCACACCCCUAGGCCUGUCCACCAUCUAUGUCUUUGCAGUGUUCACCUCUCUGCAAGAGACCUCAUCUCUAGACAGUCGGAGACACGCCAGAAUGGAGGUCCUGAAGGAGAAAGUGGAGGAGGAGGAGGAGGCCGAGCGGGCUGAGAGGGGCGAGAAAAUGAUGAGGCCGAUGGAGGUGCGGAAGGAGGAAACCAUCAUGACGCAGGAGAUGCUCAGAGACCUGGAGACGAAGCUGUUGGAGAUUGAGGUCCCCAUCCCGGAGAAGCCCUCGACUUUUACCAAGGACGCUAUUGACAUCUCCAAGCUGCCCCUUUCCUACCAAAGCAACACGCCCAAGGAGGAACACCUGCUGCAGGUGGCAGACAACUUCUCCCGCCAGUACAGCCACCUGUGCCCGGACCGCGUGCCCCUCUUCCUGCACCCAGUGAACGAGUGCAAAGUGCCUAAGUUCGUGAGCACAGCCAUCCGGCCCACACUGAUGCCCUACCCUGAGCUCUACAACUGGGACACCUGUGCCCAGUUUGUCUCAGACUUCCUGUCUGCGGUGCCCUUGCCCGACCCCCUCAAGCCGCCCCCCUACCUGUACUCCUCGACCAUGGUGCUCCAGUACCAGGAGGGGAACUGCUUUGACUUCAGCACGCUGCUCUGCUCCAUGCUCAUCGGCGCCGGCUACGAUGCCUACUGCGUCUACGGCUACGGCUCGCGGGACCUGUGCCACAUGGACCUGACUCGGGAGGUGUGCCCACUCACCAUGAAGCCCAAGGAGAUGGUCAAGGAGGAGGAAAAGGCACCACCUAAGAAGUACGCCGCUGCCGAGCCGCCCAGGGGCCUGACAAGCAGGUUUGAGCAGGCGCAGGAGAUUAAAAGGCAGGAGGCGACCAAGGCCAAGGAGGACAAGCGGCUGAAGCAGGGGGAGGGGCGCCCCGUGGAGCAGGAGAGUGCAAAGACCGACCCCCUGCACGGCCUGCGGGUACACUCCUGGGUCCUGGUGUUGUCGGGGAAACGCGAGGUGCCCGAGAGCUUUUUCAUUGACCCGUUCACUGCACGCAGCUACGGCACCCAAGACGACCACUUCCUGGGAAUAGAGAGCCUCUGGAACCACAAGAACUACUGGGUCAACAUGCAGGACUGUUGGAACUGCUGCAAGGACCUGGUCUUUGACCUGGGAGACCCUGUGAGGUGGGAGUGCCUGCUCUUGGGAACCGACAAGCCUCUCCUGUCCCUGACUGAGGAGGAGGACGACGGGACGAACCAUGACGAUGAUGUGGAAAAUCUGGGCCAGGAGAAUGAGGAUAAGAGCUUCGACAUGCCGUGCUCGUGGGUGGAGCAGAUUGAGAUCUCCCCAGAAGCGUUCGAGACCCGCUGCCCAAACGGGAAGAAGGUGAUACAGUACAAGAGGGCAAGGCUGGAGAAGUGGGCCCCGUACCUCAACAACAACGGCCUCGUGUGCCGCCUCACCACCUACGAGGACUUGGAGUGUACCAAGACUUUGGAGAUAAAGGAGUGGUUCCAGAACCGGGAGGAUAUGCUGGAGCUGAAGCACAUAAACAAGGUCACGGGCCUGAAUAUCGACUACUUCAAGCCGGGCCACCCCCAGGCUCUGCGUGUGCACUCAUACACGUCCAUGCAACCCGAGAUGGACCGCGUCAUGGAGUUUUAUGAAACGGCCCGCGUGGACGGCCUGAUCAAACGGGAGGAGACGCCCAGGACAAUGACGGAGUACUACCAAGGGCGGCCCGACCUCCUCUCCUACCGCCAUGUCAAUUUUGGGCCCCGGAUCAAGAAGUUGGCUCUGAACAGUGCAGAGUCAAACCCCCGGCCCAUGGUGAAAAUCACAGAGCGAUUCUUCCGCAACCCUGCGAAGCCUGCGGAUGAAGACGUGGCAGAGCGCGUGUUUCUGAUCCCGGAUGAGCGCAUCCAGCUGCGCUACCACUGCCGCGAGGACCACAUCACGGCCUCCAAGCGUGAGUUCCUGUGGCGCACGGAGGGGGACAGCAAGGGCAACAAGAUCAUCAUGACGCCUGACAUGUGUCUCAGCUUUGAGGUGGAGCCCAUGGAGCACACCAAGAAGCUUCUCUACCAGUACGAGGCCAUGAUGAAGCUGAAGAACGAGGAGAAGUUGUCCAGGCAUCAGGCUUGGGAGUCAGAGCUGGAGGUGCUGGAGAUCCUGAAGCUUCGGGAGGAAGAGGAGGCGGCGCAUGCGCUGACAGUCUCCAUCUAUGACACCAAGCGCAACAAGAAGAGCAAGGAGUAUCGGGAGGCCAUGGAGCGCAUGAUGCACGAGGAGCACCUGUGGCAGGUGGAGGCCCAGCUGGACUACCUGGCCCCGUUUCUGGCACAGCUCCCACCGGGAGAGAAGCUGACGCGCUGGCAGGCCGUGCGCCUCAAGGAUGAGUGCCUCAGUGACUUCAAGCAGCGGCUCAUCGACAAGGCCAACCUCAUCCAGGCCCGGUUUGAAAAGGAGACCCAGGAGCUGCAGAAGCAGCAGCAGUGGUAUCAGGAGAACCAGGUGACCCUGACGCCCGAGGAUGAAGACUUGUACCUGAGUUAUUGCUCUCAGGCCAUGUUCCGCAUCCGCAUCCUGGAGCAGCGGCUCAAUCGACACAAGGAGCUCGCCCCACUGAAGUACCUGGCUCUGGAGGAAAAGCUCUACAAGGACCCACGCCUGGUGGAGUUACUGAAAGUCUUCGUUUGAUGCUUCUCAGUCCCCACACCUGUGGUCCUCUGCCCCCUCCUGAGGCCUCAGUGAAGCUGCCAGAGAAAGAAACCUCCCCCAAAGCCUGGCCCACGUGCUCCCUAUGCCCAGCUAAUGACCAUCCACUUGGGCGCCUGGCCUCGCUGCCCCACCACCUCCUUGCAGCCAUCUGUUCCUGCUUCUCCUGAUUUUCCUGUAAAUAAACACUUGUAAUUU